ACAGCUGUACUAUAAAUUAUUAAUUAUGUUAGAGAAUAUAGUAUAUAUACGGCAGGCUUCUUUUUCCAUCUACCAAAUCCACUCACAAGAGGCCAUAGUAGAAGAUACUGGCCCAAAGUUCCACGCAGUGCGACUGAACUCGGAACCAUGUGAUUGGGAAACAAGUGUCUCACCACACAGCUACGCCUAUCAACACAGCCACUCCUGCGCCUACAAAGUUUAUUCUUGGGAAGCAGAAUGUCUAAGAAUAUUUCAAAAUUGUGCUGCACUCUUUUUCUAUAUCAGAGAAUUUGAAGUUCUUUUGUCUUUAAUUAACCUUGUUGUUGUUGUUGCUGCUGAUGUGGUUGUCGUUGUUAAGACUUUGACAAGUCCGCUUAAAAGCAAACAUUUCGUUGGCGGUUUUGUUGUCGCUAUGCCUGGGUAUAAUAUACACAUGAAUAUUUGAUCGCACCGGUUGAAUAUCUUGCUCUCUCUAGCAAGCAUAUUCGUCCUAACGUUUGAGCUUAUAAUGGAAAUACAAAUAUUGAAUUAUGCCGUCCACCAGUUCCACGUAGUGGUAUAGAUUCCUGAAUCAGCCUGGCCAUAUCGGACGGGUCGUGAUAACAAACUGUUCGGUCAUUAAUUCACAUUGUGAAGCACGUAUACACAAGAACAUAUAUAUAGUCCCAUAUACGUACACAGGCACAGACACAAACAUAUUCACUCUCACAUAGAGGCACACAAAAGUACACACAAACAAAUACAUAUACUGACGUCUAUAUUUCCAUACUCACACACACACGCAAAUAUAUACGUACACACACACACCCCUGGAUACACACAAAUUCACACAUAUACACUGACACAUGUAUAUUUCAACACACAUACAGAUACUCAUACGCACGCACGCACACACCCAGAUACACAUAGACAAACAUCUACACAAAAGCAUAUAUUUGUAUAAACACACAGACACGCGCACUUACUUGGAUACAUACAAACAUACACAUAUCCAGAUAUAUUUAGUCCGAUACACAUACACACCCACAGACCAUAUCAAUACACACACUCUCUCUUUCUCAGCUGAUACAACAAACAUAUACACAUAUAUAUUUAGGUUGAUACAAUACACAGGUACACACACACACUCUCUCUCUCAACUGGACACACACAAACUCACGUACACACACACACACACAUAGUUUGAUACGCGUACACAGCGACUAAUGCACUUUCGACUCACACACAUUCAAUUGGAUACACACAAACACACACAUAUAGAUAUAUAUUUUAAUAUAUGCACGCACACACACACACACACACACACAGACACAUGUAGCUUUCGAUACACACAUACACACACAAAGACACAUGUAGCUUUCGAUACACACAUACACACACAGACGUUCGCACGCAUACAUCACAGGCACACACGCACGCACGCACGCACAGCACAUCACAGAACACACACACACGCACGCACGCACGCACACACGCGCAGAAAGACAAAGGCCAAGCAGGCUAUUCACCCGUUCAGCUGACUCUUACAUGACGCUAUCAACUGUGUCGUGCCGGUUGCAUUGCAGUGGUUUUAUACAUCCGUACACUUAUUACCCUUCUUCUUAGACAGCACUAGAAUUAAUUUCGACUCUCUAAAGUCAUUUUUUUCGACCUCCAAAUCAUAUGUUCUUGUCCUAGGAUUCCUAUAUUUGAACUGUGAGGAAUUACCGAGAAGAUGUCCCUGUCCAACAUAGACCAGUCUUCUUAGGUCAUUGUUAUUGACCAAAAUUGUUAUUGUCGAAGAGCUUUUUUUUGUUUUUGUUUUUUUCGUGUUUAUGUCUGUUUUUAUUUUCGUCCUGUUUAGCGCCUCUCCAAACUGUCUUCGUUCCAUCUCUGAACGCCUCCUCUUUCGUUCAGAAUUUCUCGAAGGGAAGCUUCUGCAGCUCUUAUUAACAAUACUCACCAAAAUAUAAUAUUAACCGUCUACACACAUGCAAAUAUACUUAUAUACAUUCGUGUAACAUACACGUAUUCAAACAAACGCAAACAAGUGACUUUAUUUUACUGGUAGAUCUGCUUUAGACAGAAUGAUGGAGGAAACACGCUGUAAGAAAUUGAUGGACAACCAGCCUCAAGGAGGUAAAAUGGAGCGAAGUGGAUCUCGAAGUAAUCAGUUUUUGCAAACAAUUGAGAGAAUCUGCAGCAGACCAUCAUAUAUGUGUGGCGGAACGAGACGAGAUGCAUCGGAGGAUCUACUGCAGUUACGGUUUGCCACUGGGAAGAUCCAUCUAAUAAUUACAUCAAGCAAAUUUGAUGCUGCAUCCAAAGAGUCCUUCAUUCGACAGAAUGGUCUGCCUCUUUUAGUAAUGGCGCUGCGGGCAGCACCAGGUGAAAAACAGAUUGUUGAUAACAUCCUAAGCACUUUGCUGGAACUUCUCCAUAAACCUUCAAAUAGUAAAUAUAUCGCAAUAUUGGUCAACUGUGAUGCCUGUAGUAUACUUCUACAGAUUCUAAUGUCUGAAUUUAAAGAAUCUUUACCAAGAGAAAGCUUAAUGAUGCAACUGCAUCAGUUGUUAGCAAAGAUUGGUGCAAAAGAUCCGAAAUUCCCUGUAAAAGGAAGACUAUGCCAGGCCCUCGGAAUUACUUUGAAUCUUAUAAAAACUAACACAACACAUUUCAAAAAUUUGCUACCAUUAUUACGGGUGCUCAAAAUGUAUUCUUCAAAUAAUACAAAUGCCUCAUAUUUAGUCAAGAAUACCUGUAUUCAAUUGAUGACUAGAAUUAUCACCAACUGCUGUAGAAAUCAUAACACUAUCAUAAAACAUGCUCUGGAAAUUCUCUGCAAUCUAACCAAAACCAAGAAACAUGCAGUACGUGCUGUAAACUUUGAUAAUAUUCCUACAUUCCUCACCAUGCACUGUGAAUGGCACCCCAAUAAUUCCAAGCACAAAUAUGUCACUGAACGAAGACUGAUUCUCACAUUCCUGAAAAAUCUUACCAACACCAAGUCUGGAAGAGCUGCAUUCCUCAUGGAAGAUGGGGUGAAAUUGAUGUAUACCACUGCAAGAGAGGGUGUUGACACUGGGGACACUGAGAGCCUCGUUCUCCUCUCCAGCUCAAUUCUUAGAAAAUGUUGCCCCAUUGAAUUGCUUCCUUUGGAUCACUUUGAAAAUUUGAUCACAUUCGAACUACCAGUUCCAGACAACAGCGAUAACCAUUCUGAUAUAAGUUGUUCAGAAAAAACAGCCGAAAACACAAACGUAGAUUUCAACGAGGAAGAAGAGACAUCGGACACAGCACCUGAGUGUCUUGAAAUGGAAGAUAGCACGACUACCAAUGAUUUUGUUGAAGCAAAUGAAGAAGUUGGUAAAACUUUCAGUAAGAAGAAACACAUCUCUGAUUCUCUCCUAAAGCAAAGAAGUGUAAAAGACUUGCAGGAAUCAUAUGCAAGGUUCUUUGAAGAAAUCAAUGAAGAAGACAGGGUUUUGAUAUCUUGUUUGAUAAAUGAAAGCCCAGAACAAAGCAAUCAACUAUCAGAUAAAGAACUAGCAUUCAUGAAAAAAUCUACCGACUUUCAAGAAAAGCCCCAGGCCAAAGUUAUUACUGAAUCGAAGCUUCCCCAGGGCAGCGAUGACACUACGAAUUCUGCCACAAGCAGUUCUUCUCCAACAAAUGUUACACAGGCCAACACAAACAUUAACAAUGCACCUCAUGGUGGUUUUCGAAAGAGUUCCAUGCGUCGAAGAGACGCUAGUAGGUCUUCGGUGAAAGCAAGAAGGAGUAACAGUUGUAAGUUAUUCCGUUCCUAUGACAGAAGCUUCAGUGACAUUCUCAAUCGGUCAGCCAUGUCUCUCUUAAUGACCAAUGUAAACACUGAUAUUGUCGACUCUGAGACUUCCAGAGUUUAUAGAGAUUUCGGCAGCAACAUCCAUGAUUCUGAGUUAUAUCUGUCCCUUGCCAGGAGGACCAGAAGUGUUUACCAUUUUGAGAAAGUUCCUUAUCCUGACUACGUUGGAGCAUGCUCAGUUCCUCAUCCAGAACCUCUAAACACUGUGAAGAGCUUAAUUUCAAGGUUAAACCUUUUGGAUGAUAUUGACCGACAGCUCUACAGUGAGAAAUUAAUUAAUCUAACGGCAUUUGAUAUUGACCAAAAAAUUGCUCUGGACCAAAAUGUUGGUAGACCUUCCUGUUGGAGUUACUUACAGAAUGAUGACAUAGAAAUGCUUCAGAGAGAUGAGCAAAAUAUUUUUCAGGUGAGAGAAUAUGAAUACGAUCUUCUUUUGAAUUCUGACAUCAAUGCUAAUAAUCAUCAUCAAUGGUUUUACUUUGAAGUUAGUAACAUGAAAUCAGGAAUUCCAUACAAAUUCAACAUUAUCAAUUGUGAAAAGUUCAACAGUCAAUUCAAUUCGGGUAUGAAGCCAGUGAUGUUUUCUGUUAAGGAAGCCAUUGCUGGUCGGCCAUAUUGGUUUAGGACCGGAAGACAUAUUUGCUACUACAAAAACUGUUACAUGCGCAGCCAAAACCGAUCUUACUUCACUGCAAGUUUCCAGAUCACAUUCCGACACUCAGAUGACAUAUGUUACCUGGCAUACCAUUUUCCAUACACCUAUUCCACCCUCAGGGUAUUAGCUAAGUUGCUUUAUUGGUCAUUAAUUACCAAAGAUAUUUUAGGAGACACAAAUAUGGUUGUGGGAACAGAAAAAAGCUAUGUAUUUCUAUCGGCCCGUGUUCAUCCAGGUGAAAGUAACUCAAGUUGGGUGAUGAAAGGUAUUAUUGACUUCCUUCUUAGCAACAGACCAAGUGCUCUGAAACUAUUGAAGAAUCACAUCUUCAAGAUAAUUCCAAUGAUCAACCCUGAUGGCGUUAUCAAUGGCAGUCACCGCUGCUCCUUGGCUGGAAAUGAUUUGAAUCGGCGCUGGCUGUACCCUUGUUCAAAACUUCAUCCAAUAAUAUUCCAUGCUAAAGGGGUUCUCUCUUACAUGAGGCUCAUUAAUAAAUUACCAACAAUUUACUGUGAUCUACAUGGACACUCUCAGAAAAAGAACAUCUUUCUUUAUGGUUGUUCUCCUUUAAAAUCUUGGCAAACGUUCGAUGCAGACAAUCCUACAUACCAUGAAUGGGGUGAGGAUAUUUCAUACCAAAUCCUGCCGUACAUACUCAACCAAACAGCUGCAGCAUUUUCACUACAAGAUUCUCAAUUCCAUGUUGAAGAGAUUAAAGAAACGUCCGCUCGUGUUGUUGUCUGGAGACAACUCGGGGUUGUGAAUAGUUAUUGCAUGGAAAGUACUUUUUGUGGCUUUGAUCAGGGAACAUACAGGAACACCCAGGUUUCCACUCAUCACCUACAAGAGAUGGGACGUCAGUUCUGUGAAGGUAUUCUGCUCCUAAGCCAGAUUCCAUUGGAUGAGCAGAACAUACUUUGUAUUCCCAGUAGCCCGCUUAGUCCCAACAACAGCCAACUGAAUCUCAGCCACAGGCUGGCCAGUAUAAACAGGCUCCACAUUAAAAGAAGGAGCAAGCCCCAAAAUGUCAGGCAUGAAAGUGAUUCACUGGUGGAUGAGGGCAAACAGAGCCUGGUUGGGGCAGACGGCGACAGAGUCCACCUGGAAACAGACAAUAAAGAUUUUGGAAAUUCCGAAGAAGAUAAAGACAAUGAAGACUAUGAGUAUGAUAACGAUGGAGAAGAGGAGGUGGAUGACGAUGAGGAGGAUGAGGAAGAGGAGGAUGACGAUGAAGAUGAUGAUGAAAAUAAUAAUAAUGAUGAGAGUAGCGAUGAAGCUUGUGAAAUCGUUUCUUUGCCUUCAUGAGGCAAGUUUUUAUAGUAUUAAGGCAACACAGAUCUGGCCCCUUUAAGAAUACUUGGCUUCAUGCAAAAAAAAAAGAAAAUAUGGAAAACAUGAUCUCAAGAAGACCCUAUUUUUUAUUUACUUUUUAUGUAUACACUAUAUAUACCACUAUAUAUACACUAUAUAUAUAUAUAUAUAUAUA